CAAAAACAAAGAAGACAAGUACGUCUUUGUGGACAUUGUGUCAUUUAUGAACUGCAUUCGUCCACGCUUGUCGACGAUGCGGCUUCUAAGAUGGAUGAUGAGCUUAAAAAGCUCAGAGAAGAAAACUCCCGCCUCAAACGUGAGAAGGCGGAACUAGAAUCAAGGAACGAAGAGAAAAAGAAGAAGAAGGAUAAGCAGCCUCCUUCUCCGAAGAAUGCAGAUGGUAGUGGGGCCGAUGUGCCCAGAAAGAAGAGAAAGAGUGAUGGUGUUCCUUGUGAUGGUUCUGUAAACGAUGGAAACUUGUGGGAAAUAUGCCAAUUCCGUAAGGAAGAAAGUGGUAAACCUUGUGUAGUUGCCGAGCAUGGCUCCGUUCUGCAACGUAGCUUAGGGCAACAAAACCUUGCCAAUGUGGUAGCGGAGCCAAACGAGCCAAACGCUCAAAGCGAAGCGACCUCACGCAAGGGCUACUUGUGGACAACCCACGAGUUGAAUAAGCUUGCCGAACUUGUCGGAAGACAUAGGGACGCGGGCGGUCGCAUUAGAUGGCGAGACCUGGCUCCGGCCUGGGAACGUCUACGCGGCAAUAAUGAGCCCUCAAGGUCAGUGUACGCCUUGAAAGGGGCCUACGCCAAACUUGCCAGAUGUUCUGGUCAAGCUGUUGGUGCAAACGCUGCACGCGCCAAUCAGGCGCAAGCAGUCGCUUCGGAAGAAGGGUCACAGCCUACCGAACAGGAUGGGCAAGAUGACCUACGAGAUGCCUCAAGAGCAAGGAACGGGCCUGAGCCCGAAGCUAGCCAGGAGGCACCUCAAGAAGCCCGCGAAGAGAGCGGGAAUGGCAAUAGCGACCUCAAGGCGGAUUUAUCUGCGAGGUUUCGUAAGUAUUACCGUAUAGCUAUCUCAACGCAAGAUAGACAACCCAUAGUGAGGCCCAGAGGAGAAAUCCCCGGUCCCUUCCUACAGGUUGGAAAUGAAAUUCUCGUUGAAGAAUUUCAGCGAACAGGUUCGAAAAAGCUGACAUCUUUGAAUGCAGCAGUGUACGCAAUAGCUAGAGCUAUUUGUGCCAAAGCUGCAGAAGAAGCCAGCGAAAGGCUGAAGCCUGUUAAAGAGAGCUUCCGAGAAGCUACUCAGCUAAGGAGUACUCUGAUUAGCUUCAUAUCCGUAUUGGCUGCAGAACUCCUUAGGAGAAGUACUGGUGGCAACGGGCGAGGUGGGCGAGGCAGACCAAGCCCUAAAUACCUCGAAGUUGCCAGGCUGUACAAGGUGUCCAGAACUUCCGAAGUUCAAAGGCUCCUGAUUAAAUUCAGGGACGAAUUGAACAUAGUUCAGAUGGACAUCAAGAAAAUGGAAGACGCCAAGAAGCGCUUCCUGGUGAGACGCAGGGGCCCCCCUUGUGUCGCACGAGAGCCCCGUCUGCAAGGGGGUAAUGUGCCGGUGGACCUAGUACGCGAGUACUGGAAGCCAAUUGUAGGCGAGGCCCAACCGUUCACUGAAACAGUGGAGCUAGCGACGUGGUCGCAGACCCACAGGCAAACGCGAAACAUCCAUACGGACGUAGACCUUUCGCAGGAAGACUGGAAAACGUUGUUUUCCAAAGUCAAACCCUGGAAGGCUACGGGUCCGGAUGGAAUCCAAGGCUUCUGGUGGAAGUACCUGCCAGCAGCCAAGGAACGCCUUAAAGAGUGGUGCCUCAGAGCACUGCACAGGCGUAGGGAAGGGAUCCCAAGGUGGCUCUGCAGAGGUAGAGUAGUACUGAUCCCGAAAGGAAAAUCAGGGGCCUCUGGACCCGGAGAUUUCCGGCCUAUAGCAUGUCUGAAUACAUGCUACAAGGUUCUCACAGCCAUGAUUGCUAACCGUAUCUCAGCGUGUGUGGGCGAACGGUUCCCUUCGGAGCAGGUCGCCCUAAGACGUGGAGUAUGGGGAUGCACGCAUGCGCACAUACUGGACCAAACAGUAUGCAGAGAUGCUAUGAAGCAUCGAGCGGAGUUGCAUAUGCUUUGGGUGGAUAUGACCAAGGCAUUUGACUCUGUAUCACACGACGCUGUGCGUUGGACCUUAAAGCAAUGGGAUGUGCCGUUGGCCAUCCGAUUGCUGUUAAAUAAGAUAAUGUCCAAACAAAGCGUCAGGUACUGUGGCUUUCAAAACGGGAAGGCAGUGAAGAGUGCCCCGCUAGACGUGAGAAAUGGACUCAUGCAGGGCGACACUCUGAGUCCGCUGCUUUUCUGUCUUGCCAUAGCGCCCAUAUCUGGCUGGUUACGCUCGAAUAUUGAGCCAUACCGAACCCGCACUGGUGGUGGAGCCAGAUCAGAAGGUAGGCUUGAGAUGAACCAUAUAUUCUAUAUGGACGACCUCAAGGUCUACACUACGAGUUGGGAAGACUUGGUCAAGGCCAAAGUUGGAAUCCAACGAGUAGCAGAGCAGUUGGGGCUGAAGAUGAACCCGAGCAAAUGCGCGGUGAAAACACUCAACACCACUGCAGGGGAGCAGACUGGAAUGGGAGAUAUCCCUAUACUAGGGUCUAACUCCUUCUAUAAAUAUCUGGGCAUGGAGCAGGGUGCACUCGUUUCGAUGAGACAAGUGUGGCCCAGAGUCCAGAAGAAUGCUUGGGAAACCGCUGUACGUAUCAUGAGCAGCGAACUGACAGUCAGUCAGAAGGUUGCGGGAUACAAUCAGACAGUGAUUCCCAAAAUAAAGUAUGCCAUGUCAUGUGUAAUAUUCGGAGCUGGGCGAUUGUGCUCGCUUCGGAAGCAAGCACGGGCAUUCGACAUACGUGUGAGGAAGCUUCUGGUGGAUACCCAUAUAAGGUUCACUAGUAGCUGCUUCGCAAGACUAUAUGUCAAGAAAGAGAUAGGUGGAUUAGGACUCAAGUCUGCAGAAGAGGAACUAGAUCACUCAAUCGUGUAUACGUGGUGUUACCUAGCCUCCAACCCAGACUUCAUAGUCCCCUAUCAGCUAGCCGAGAGUCUGCGAGCUAGCAAUAAACGGUCACUAACAACGGACUUUCGAGCCGUAAUCGCAGCCAACGGUCUCGAAGGAAAAGUGACUAGAACGUUACUAACGUUUAUAGAAGUGAAUGGUCGCAGUUAUCAAACUGCGACUGGUGCCGCGCGAGCCAUUUCCUCUCUUAUACGGGAGCGGUGGGCGGAUGCCCACUUAGCAAACUGGAAGGAGAGGCAAGUGGCGAGCAGAGUACUACAGGGCAUGGGAGAUCCACAGCGACUCUGUCCAAAGGAUUCGUUCCUAUGGUCGAGCAAAGGCUGGGUCUCAUCCGAAGUCCUCAGGAAUGUGUGGGCCGUUCAGGAAGGCUCACUACUCACUAGGGCAAGUGCCCCGCGACGAGCGGAACAGACUCCCGUUAACUGUCGCAUGGGGUGCCCAAUGAGAGAAACAGCAGAACACAUAGUGUCGUGCUGCUCUCACUGGAGAACAAACAUCAUGGUGGAAAGGCACGAUGAUGUAGCUAGAGUGAUAUAUUAUUCACUCAAGAAGAAGUACGGGCUGAAAUCUAAGGAAUCCAAUACCCACGAGCCCCACAUAUUAGUGGGGACUGGGGUCGAGAUUCACUGGAAUAAUCCCGUAUAUACAAGCGAAGGCUUGAAACACAACAGACCUGAUAUACUGGUCUGGGACAGGCAAGAGAAACACAUAUGGAUCAUCGAGAUUUCGGUCUCAUGGUUCACACGAAUCUCUUCCCAAGAACAGAGGAAAGUCUUCAAGUAUAGUGUGAACAGCACUUUACCGGAAGAUACGGCCCUAGGCGACUUUAGACCUGGGCCGAACCUCAAGGCAGUUCUGCAAAAAGACCGCAAAAGUAGGGUGGAUGUAAUUCCCAUAGUGCUGGGCACUUGCGGCGAAUGCACUCCAGCCCUUAGACAAUAUGUCCAAAGCCUAAAACUACCGGACAGAACUAGCUUCAUAUUAGAGAAGCUAGCGAGAGCCGCUGUACUAGGUACCAAUAGGCUGGUGAAGUGUCACCUAGCCAAUGGAGAGGAAUAG